GAAGAGAGAGAGAGAGAGAGGAGAGAGGACGGGCAAGAGGAGGAAGAGGAGAGAGACGAGAGAAAAGAGAGAGAGAGAGAGAGAGAAGAGAGAGAGAGAGAG